CCUUGUUUCAGCCCUGCGUUCUCAGGCAAGGCAGCGUUUAGCGAGCUAAUACAUUUGCUCCUUUUCGGUGGUACGGCUAUAUAAGAAUGCUCUUUUGUUUGUUAUACUCUACAAAUAAGUGAUUUGGAUAGAACCUCGCAUACUGGAAAGUCAGCAUACUAUUGCAAAGAAAUGAGUCUCAAAUUAAUAGAAAACAAAGAGGAACAGAAAAUCUUGGAGGAAAACGACGAGGUCAUGUUCGAACAUCUUCUGACGAUAGAGGAGAAAACCUUGCCCUCGGCAUACUACAUGGAACUUCAUCAAAACUUACAAUGGCGGGAUAGAAGAGAGCUCGUCGACCGCUUUCUAUCGUAUUCUCAAAAAUUCCGCAUUCCCAUAGAGACUGUGUUCCUGGCAAUCAACUUUGUAGAUCGCUUCCUUUCCAGGAAAUGCGCUGGUAACCAUCUUGAGGUCUUAGGCUCAGUACCUUUUGCACUAGCGGUCAAGUACGAGACACCUGACGUGCACGAGAAAGAAACGGAGACUUACCUUUCUGUUCUUAAUGAUUUAGGGGGGUUUGGCAAAGGAUAUAGACCGAGCGAUAUCUCAAGUAUAGAGAGGCAAUUGCUGGGAGCGCUAGAUUAUUUACUCGGAACGCCUAGCCCCUUUUUCUUCCUGCGUCGCAUGCAGAUUCUCGACAAAAGUAGUCAAGACAUUUUGACAAUAGCACAAUAUCUAGCAGCAAGCAGUAUGUUGUACGAAGAGUUCCUUGGGAUCAGGCCUAGUCAAAUUGCCUCUGCAUCAUACUUCCUCGCCGAGUCACUCCUGAAGUAUGCAAAUCAUAUAGCAGACCUGACAAGCUCUCCCGGACGGGUAAGUAAUGCCUGUGAGGCAGUGAUAGUUGCUGACAUUACUUAG